ACAGUUCUACCCCAUUCGAACCUGUAUUCUCCCCGAUUGAGUCGUGUGCAGGGUUGGGUCCAACUUUGAAUUGGGCCUGACAACCACAGCCUUCAAUCUACCUUCUAUCACUCGUCCAUUCCCUCUCUAGACGGGCUGCAGCUCCCUCACCCUCUUGCCUUUCCAUUGUCAACAGCCCUAUCUCGCCGAAUUGACCCUUCGAUCCGAGACUCGACGAUAUCUUUUUGGAUAUCCGAGUCACUCGAGGUGCUCAUUCACCCAUCAUCUGAAAACGGGGAAGGAACUGCCUGCUGAUGAUCACGAAUCGGAUGUUUCCAGAUGAAGCACUCUCAUGGCCGUCACCACCACCACCAUCACCACAGAGACACCCGACCCUCCUCCCCAGGCACCAAAGACACCCGUCCUUCCUCCCCAAGAACCAAAGACUCGCGACCACGUCCGCUACAGAUCCCCAACCGUCGUAGCGAUGUCCGCUCACUAAUCGACUUCUUCAACAACCGAGCGUUCAAGGAGGACGGCAGAUCUGCCGCCCCGCGGCGGCCCCGCGAUCCCAUCCCCGAGAACAAAGUAAAGUCACUGGUCGUCAACUUCAAUAGGCUGGAGUCCUUCUCAGCUCCGAUUUCGGGACAGACCACGGCUCAGGUCAGCCCCAUCAAACAAAGGUUUGAAUGGAAGGAGAGGGCGGAGCAGAUUCCGAAACGUGAGGUGCUGGCGGGAAAGCGUAUCAAUGUCAUCGUUCAGCCCGAGGCGGAUGUGGGCGGUCUCGAGGAGAUUGCUGUCUUUGGCGGAGACAGCAGAGAGAUGGCUUCUAAGAAGUCGACGGAACGUUUGAGGUCGGUCAAGAUGAAGAAGGAGCAGUUUGCUCCGAGAACGGAAGAGAGACAGAGUGUGGACCAGGCCAAGGAGAAGAAGAAGCGGAGCCAUCACCACCAUCGUCACCACAAAGACAAGUCUUUGAAGUUGAUUGUGCCGGGAGGUGUGGAUGGACAAACUGCAUCGACUGAUGCUGCGGUAAACAGUCCUGUCACCAAGCCGCCAUCAAGGAUCGAGAGACGGAGUAGUCCUGUCGCCAGGCCACCGUCGAGAACGGACAAGAAGAGCCGAACGCAUGACUUGAAGAGCAACAGCCCCAAUAACGAAAGCGAACGCUACUUCUCGAGUCGCAGCGUCAAAACCUCCCCUGUUCUUUCAUUAAAGACGGAUAAAGACACUCCGCAGCCACUGCAAUCGAAGUCCUCUGCUCCUGCCCUACCACCGAAGCCGCCAGCAUUGAAAUAUGCUUCUCCAGUCCCACAAGUGAGGGAUGCAAAUCUUCGAGCUACGACUCAAGAGCCAAGCAAGAUCGAUACAUCCAAUAGAUAUCCCAAACAACCAAGGGGACUGGGUGUGGUCAACCGAGGCCAGACGGAACCAUCAACCCCAAAAUAUGCGGGGCCUGGUAUGGUGAAGGGCGUGGUGGGUCUUUUUGCAGCGCCUUCACGACAAGACAACGUACCGCCGAGAGGAAGAACAGCUGACAUAAUCUCGAGGCCUCUCACCUAUUCUGAUGGACGGAACCAGCAAAACAAAGUACAGCGCAGCAGGGUGCCGGCGGAUUAUGAGUCGUCAUCUGGCUCAUCUUCUUCGGAGUCCGAAAGUAGCGGCCCGUCAACCAUGGUCAACAAGACCCAGCUCAGAGGAACCCCCAAGAUUGUGACGACUGAAGCAUCUCCGACCGCAUUAAAAGCGGCUGCUAGGGGUGAGAAGAUUCCGAGCAGGGACAUGCCCGCAACCAACGCAUCUUACGAUUAUCCGACAUCCACCAUCAGACAGCCACGAACUUUCAAGGAUAUUGCGUUGGAAAGAAGAAAGGAGCGCGAGAAGGGAGCGCAGCCGUCCCCUCCCAUUCCCACCGCACCUCGGGAUCAUCUUUCUGUGCCGCGAUCGGUUUCGCCUUUACGGGUUGUCAAGAUGCAGGAUACGGAUGUACCCACUCUUCAGAAUCCGGUGCCACUCCACCGCUUGUACUCGAAGGCUUCUCAAGACACUUUGACAUCAUUCGAAGAGCCCUCAAUUCUUGUGUCUGGGUCGUCGGAAUCUUCUGAAGAGGAUGUCCCGUCACCGCCACCGCCCCCGCGACAGCGAGCCAUGGUCAAAUCACAGCGUGUCCGCCCAUCGAACUCACCAAUUCCACCACUGCAGGUUGCAUACCGUCCUCCAAUGCGUUCGCCAUCUUUGAUGCGGGAGAUGGCACCACCGAGACUUAGCAUUCGUACUUCGUCCAUCAAAUCCACCAAAUCCGUCAAGCAGUCUUCCGAAACCACCAGUAAAGUACCACGGAGCAAACGGCCGGUCGUCACCAAGGAGCACUUUGAGGUCACCAGCCCAGAGCACUAUACCCCACGAAUGAAACUUAAGAACGACGAUGAAUGGAGGGACAAAUGGCGGCAACGACUGAAGAACAAUACGAUCGACGGUCCUAACGACAGCCGCGAACUGCUACGGCAAGGUAAACGCCAGCAGCCACGGUACGUCAGCAGCUCGUCACACAACACGACGUCGAGCUCGAGGAUCGUAGACGAAAAGCGGCGGAUUCUACCGCUCGAGGCGCAGACAGAGUCCGAGUCCCAGUCCGAGUCCCAGUCGAGCGUCAUGGAGGACCGCCAGCGCCAAAGCGACUACACCCUCAUCUCUCCCGCCCAGGAGCAGCGAUCGAAAGUCAACUUCUCAAGCUUCACACAGAACUUCCCGGCUGCGGAAUAUUCGAAUGCGCAGGGUGCACGCCAGCAGCGCAUUGACGACCGCACGACGGCCUUCGAUGGUGUGCAGGAUGUUGCGAAGGCAGAGGGCGUCGUCGGUUUCAGAAUACUGCCUCGGACUCGAGCCGUGGACGGAGGUGGAGUAGGGAAGGGGGUUCAGGAAUUCGAGGAGCCUCGUACCGAGAAGAAGAAGAAGUUGAAGACGAAGAAGGCAUACCGAGAUCGCCCCAGCAGAUUGGGUUGAGGGUCCGUUGGUUGUAUCGUUUUUUCUUCCUUUGAUUUUUGUAUUGUUGUAUUGUUUUGAGUUUUUUUUUUGGAGCAUGGACGACGCAGGCCGUCAGUGGGUCUCCAUUUGUUACGGUAUCAUUAGGAAUGAAUGCCUUGUGUACGAUUAUUACUGCGAGCUUGUAGGUUGUAGGGA